GGCACCUUUCCCCCUUCACUCUUGCCUAGGGCUCUCUCUCUCUCUCUCUCUCUCUCUCUCUUUCUGCUUGGGCGUGUUCCAUGGCUUUCCGGCGUGGAAUGGUGAGGUCGCCAGCGACGGCGGCUCAGGCGAUGCGCGUUUAGCAGCUCAAUUUCCGGGCAUUCCGAGGCCGUUUGCGGAGGCGCGGAGGUUCGGCGAUUUCUGCCGGGAAUUCUCGGGCUGUUCCGAGGAGGCUUCGGUGGCGCGGCGGAAGAGAUGGUGAGGCCCGCCGCCAAGACACCUCACCACCACCACCACCACGAGCAGCACGACGACGACGACGACGAGGAGACCGAGUACGGCGACGACUUCGCUCCUGCCCACAAUUCUAACUCUUCUUUCCCGAAAGAGGAAGCAGGGAAAGGGGACGGGAAGAGGGGGAGCGCGCCGCGGUCGAAGCAUUCGGAGACGGAGCAGCGCAGGAGGAGCAAGAUCAACGAGAGGUUUCAAAUACUGAGAGAUCUCAUCCCUCAAAAUGAUCAAAAAAGAGAUAAGGCUUCAUUCUUGUUAGAGGUUAUAGAGUACAUUCAAUUUUUACAGGAGAAAUUACAGAUGUAUGAGGGUUCAUACCCUGGUUAUGAUCAGGAGCCAAGUAAAUUAACACCAUGGAGAAGCAACACUGGGACUGUGGAAAGUCAAAUGGAUCAUCUUCAAAUUAUGAAAAACGGAAGUGCUCAUGAGAGCAGAGUUGUUAUGAACCCACUGCUUGCAAAUGCGCAGAACUCAUUGGAAUCUGAUUUGGGAAAUGCUGCAGUCUCCAUAGACAUGCAAACCCAACCAGGCAUGUAUGCUUCUGUUGGGCAUGGCGGGGUGGCCAGUGAACCGUUGACUGAAGCCGUAUCUAAUGUCGGGAACGUGUCUGGCCAUCCUCAGUCGCAGUUGUGGCAGGCGAUGCCUUUUGCAGCAGAUUGUAGCAUCCCAAACAAUACACAUAUUGAUCAAGAGCAAUUUACCAUUGAAAGUGGAUCUGUUAGCCUUUCUGCUGCCUAUUCUCAAGGGAUAUUAAACACUCUGACCCAAGCACUGCAAUCAUCGGGAGUGGAUUUGUCCCAAGCCAACAUCUCUGUGCAAAUUGAUGUUGGGAAGCGAGCAAAUAAUAGAGCGGCUGGUACCUUAUCCACUUUAAAGGAUCAUGAAAACGUCCCUCCAGAUAGUCAAGCUCGGAUGCAUGAUGGCUCCGAAGUCUAUGGUGAAGAACCUGAUCAGGCUCACAAAAGACUUAGAACAGAGAAGAGUUAGUGAAUCAGAAUGGUCUACCUCCUUUUCUCAUUAUUCUUUUUCUAUGUAAUGUUAGGAGUGGAAACAGGAAGUAGGUUCCAUCAAUUGUCUACCGUGGUCUGAGAACAGCUAAGUUCAGGUUAAUUGUAUAUGGUGGUGCUCUCUGAUUUGCGUAGCUACAUGCAAAAUGCAUAGAAAAGUUCUAUUACAUGUAUUCAUUUAUUUGAAUCUCCUGUGCCCAAUUCUGGCUUCCGUGGGUAUAUAACGAGAAGCGGCAUAGCGA